AUGGCGCGAUAUGCUUUUGACUCGCCUGAAGCUCACAACGAAAUUUUGAACUGCAAUGCCUGCAAAAAAGCUGCAAAGAGGCAAAAAGAAAGUGAGACAGAGAACUCUACGUCUCUGAAAAAACUGAAAGUGUCCCACAAGAGUCAUGGACAAGAGAAGGGAAUGGUCCUAGUUGUUGGGCAGGGUGAUGUGGGUCAGCUUGGUUUGGGAGAGGAUGUACUGGAGAGGAAGAAACCUGCCCUGGUUACUCUUCCAGAGGGCAUUGUGCAGGUGGUGGCAGGGGGUAUGCACACAGUUUGUCUCAGCGACACCGGAAAUAUCUACACAUUUGGCUGUAAUGAUGAGGGUGCUCUGGGCAGGAACACAACAGAGGAAGGCUCUGAGAUGGUGCCCGGGAAGGUGGAGCUUGCAGAAAAGGUGGUACAGGUGUCUGCAGGGGACAGUCACACUGCUGCGCUCACAGAAGAGGGAGCGGUAUUUGUCUGGGGAUCCUUCAGGGAUAACAGUGGUGUCAUUGGCCUUAUUGAGCCUAUGAAAAAAUGUACACUACCUGUCAAAAUCCACAUGGACAAGUCUGUGGUUAAAAUCGCUUCAGGCAAUGACCACAUGGUGAUGCUGACUGUGAAUGGAGAGCUCUACACCUCAGGCUGUGGGGAGCAGGGCCAGCUGGGCAGAGUGCCAGAGUGCUUUGCCAAUCGAGGGGGCAGGAAGGGGUUAAUGAGGCUGCUGGAGCCCCAGAUGGUCGUGGUCAGGCCUAGAGGCAAGGUCUUCUUCACUGAUGUAUUUUGCGGGGCAUACUUCACUUUCGCCAUAUCUCAAGAUGGCCACAUCUAUGGCUUUGGCCUUUCCAACUAUCACCAGCUGGGUACCCAAGGUACAAACUCCUGCUUUAUUCCAGUAAAGCUCACUGCCUUCAAGAACUCCACAACCUCUUGGUUAGGUUUUUCUGGAGGACAGCACCACACUCUCUGCUUGGAUUCGGAAGGGCAGGUAUACAGUCUAGGCCGGGCUGAGUAUGGGCGCCUGGGCCUUGGAGAAGGUGUUGAAGAGAAAAGUGAGCCCACACCAGUUACAGGGCUCAGCAGUGCCUCCGUGGUGGCGUGUGGGGCAUCUGUGAGCUAUGCCGUCACUAAGCAAGGAGCUGCAUUUGCUUGGGGCAUGGGCACCAACCUGCAGCUGGGUACAGGAGAGGAGGAGGAUUUAUGGAGUCCCCAUGGAGAUGGUGGGCAAGCACUGGAGAAACCGGGUUUUCUCUCAGCUUCCAGCGGGGGGCAGCACACAGUCUUGCUGGUCAAGGACAAACAAGAGAGCUGAUGUUGAAUCAAAAUGCAUAGGAGUUGAGCUGCACUACUGUAUCGGUGGUAACUGUAAAAGCAUAGUUUGAUGUGGGAUAGGGGAAAUCUGGGGGUGCCGAGACUUCCUGUACUGAACUAAGACAGCCAGUUGGGCGAGAUGGGUGGGUCUCAUCUAAUUAAACCUUUCUUCCAGUUUGUGGAGAAUUCAGAUGUUCACUGGAUAUGUUCCAGUAGAUCAUGAUCAAAGAGACUAUUUUUUUAAAACUAGUUUUUGCUUCUUUUUCUUAAUUCUUUUUAUGAAUCACUAGUACGAAUUGUGGGGAUUAGAUUACCAGCUGUGAGUGAGCAUAUGCAUGUACUAAGUGACUUAAUAGUUUGAGGUCUUUUAGAAAGUUCCCUGCAAUGGAAUUUUAAAAGUUCACAUUUUGGUCAGAGCAAUAAGUCUGUACAAUGGCUGCAGCUGUGGUGUUAUUUACAGAAAAAUAACGUUUUCAUAUUCCUGUAAAUUGCAGUAUAAGGCUGUGUUCCUUUAAAGUGCAAAUACAAAUGGUUGAUUGCAUCCAAGAUGUGUGGGAGGGGUAAUAAAUUUUUAAAUCUUUCCUGA